UAAUGUUUUGGAUAAAAUAAACACUCGGAAAGGACGCGGGGUGGCGCUGCAGCAUUAAAAGUAGAACGAAGAGAGAAAGCUGCCAGCCGGCGCUCCUUAACCCAGAUGCUGUGCUAAAGAAACAAGCAGGAAGGGGAGGCUUUCUAAGGUGUUUCCAACGGGAAAUCGGGGUCCUAGGCGUCUCCACUUAUGACCGUACCCGCAAGAUACUAGAUGAUAGAGUCCGCCACGACGCGAGCUGAGACUGGGUCAAGUUUGCUGGGAGACCAGAAAGCGAUGGAGGCCGGAGAGGGAAAAGAACGCUUUCUGAGACAAAGGCAAGUCUUUAUAUUCUUUGUUUUGCUGGGCAUAGCUCAGGCUGCUUCUGAGCCUAGGCACUACUCAGUGGCUGAGGAAACGGAGAGUGGCUCUUUUGUGGCCAAUUUGUUAAAAGACCUGGGGCUGGAGGUAAAUGAGCUAGCUGCACGAGGGGCUCGAGUCAUUUCCAAAGGGAAAAAAACGCGUUUCCAUUUUGAUAGGCAGACCGGGGAUUUGUUGUUAAAUGAGAAAUUGGACCGGGAGGAACUGUGCGGCCUUGCCGAGCCAUGCGUGCUACCUUUCCAGGUGUUACUGGAAAAUCCCUUGCAGUUUUUUCAGGCUGCGCUACGGAUUAGGGAUAUAAAUGAUCAUUCCCCGGUGUUCCUAGACAAAGAAAUAAUUUUGAAAAUUUCAGAAAGUGUCACUCCCGGAACUACUUUCCUGAUAGAACGUGCCCAGGAUUUAGAUGUAGGAAGCAACAGUCUCCAAAGUUACACAGUCAGCCCCAAUUCCCAUUUCCAUCUUAAAUUACAAGACAGUCCUGACGGCAUAUUACCACAGCUGGUAUUGGACAAAGCUCUGGAUCGCGAGGAACAAGCUGAGAUCAGAUUAACUCUCACAGCACUGGAUGGCGGGACUCCACCCAGGACUGGCACUGCCUUGGUUCGCAUCGAAGUCUUAGACAUCAAUGAUAAUGCCCCCGAGUUUGCAAAGCAGUUUUAUAAGGUGCAGGUUCAGGAAAACAGCCCCAUUGGAUUUCCGGUUGUCAUAGUCUCUGCUAGCGAUUUGGAUAUUGGAACGUAUGGAGAAAUAUCUUACGUAUUUUCCCAAGCCUCUGAAGAUAUCCGCAAAACUUUUCAAAUAAAUGCAAAGUCAGGAGAACUCUUUUUAACACAGAAACUGGAUUUCGAAUCCACUCAGACUUACACAUUAAAUGUUCAGGCUACAGACGGUGGAGGACUUUCUGGAAGUUGCGUGGUGUUUGUCCAAGUGAUGGAUUUGAAUGACAACCCUCCGGAACUGACUAUGUCAACAUUUAUCGAUCACAUCCCAGAAAACUUGGAGGAGACCAUAAUUGCUGUAUUCAGGGUUUCAGAUCCUGACUCUGGAGACAAUGGAAGAAUGGUUUGCUCCAUUCCAGAUGAUCUCCCUUUCUUCCUUAAACCUUCUGUUGAGAAUUUUUACACCCUAGUGACAAACACAGCUCUGGACCGAGAGACAAGAGCCGAGUACAACAUCACCAUCACCGUCACCGACCUGGGGACCCCCAGGCUGAAAACCCAGCACAACCUAACGGUGACGGUGUCCGACGUCAACGACAACGCCCCGACCUUCAGCCAGACGACCUACACCCUGCGCGUCCGCGAGAACAACAGCCCCGCCCUGCACAUCGGCAGCGUGAGCGCCACCGACAGAGACUCGGGCGCCAACGCCCAGGUCACCUACUCGCUGCUGCCGCCCCACGACCCGCAGCUGCCGCUGGGCUCGCUGGUGUCCAUCAACGCGGACAACGGGCAGCUGUUCGCGCUCAGGUCGCUGGAUUUCGAGGCGCUGCAGGCGUUCGAGUUCCGCGUGCGCGCGGCCGACCGCGGCUCGCCGGCGCUCAGCAGCCAGGCGCUGGUGCGCGUGCUGGUGGCGGACGCCAACGACAACGCGCCCUUCGUGCUGUACCCGCUGCAGAACGGCUCGGCGCCCUGCACCGAGCUGGUGCCGCGGGCGGCCGAGGCGGGCUACCUGGUGGCCAAGGUGGUGGCGGUGGACGGCGACUCGGGCCAGAACGCCUGGCUGUCGUACCAGCUGCUCAAGGCCACGGAGCCCGGGCUGUUCGGCGUGUGGGCGCACAACGGCGAGGUGCGCACGGCGCGGCCGCUGAGCGAGCGCGACGCCGUCAAGCACAGGCUGCUGGUGCUGGUCCGGGACCACGGCGAGCCGCCGCUGUCGGCCAGCGUCACGCUGCACGUGCUGCUGGUGGACGGCUUCUCGCAGCCCUACCUGCCGCUGCCCGACGCGGCGGCGGCCGAGGCCCGCGCCGACCCGCUCACCGUCUACCUGGUGGUGGCCUUGGCGUCCGUGUCGUCGCUCUUCCUGUUCUCGGUGCUGGUGUUCGUGGCGGUGCGGCUGUGCAGGAGGAGCCGGGCGGCGUCGGGGGGCGGCUGCUCGGUGCCCGAGGGCCCGUUUCCGGGCCACCUGGUGGACGUCAGCGGCGCGGGGACCCUGUCCCACAGCUACCAGUAUGAGGUGUGUCUGACGGGAGGCUCAGGGACCAAUGAAUUCAAGUUCCUCAAGCCAAUUCUUCCCAGUUUCCUUGCUCUAGGUGAGGAGAGGAUUAGUGAAGCAAACCCCAGUUUCAGGGAUAAUUUUGAAUUCAAUUAA